UUUCAGCAACAAAGUGUUGAAGUAAAAGUACUUAGAUGUAAGCAGUACUUUAAUGCUGUAGUUGUUUGAGGUGGAUCUACUUUUAGCUACAUGUACUGCUGGGUACUUUAAUUCAUCAUAUUUUAUUUAAAUGUUCGUGUUUUCUAAAAGUUUCACCUGAAAAGUAACUAAGUGUUAAAUAAAUGCAGCGCAGUAGAAAGUACAACGUAGCCUCUGAGUAGUAUGUGUUGGAGUAGAACCUCAGAUAGUAAAUGUAAACACAAGGGUUUGAAUAAACGCUCAACGACUUCUCUGUAUCAGAUAAUGAAUCAAACAAAAAUCAGUUCCUGUAGUUGAGAGAAUGAAGGAACCAGGAGGUGCCGCCUCCUUGGCUUCCUGUUCGUCCUGCUGUGGCAGCAGCAGCAGUCAGAGAGAAGGGGAGUCCGGAGAGAGAGCAGCGCUUCACUCUGUGAGUAUCACCGUCUCUUUACUGCGCCUCCUCCUGCAGCUCCGGCCGGCUGCAAACUGCCCGUGUGGCUUUAAAUCAUUUUUCCGAUGAUGUUGGACAAUUUAUCUUUUAUCUCUUUUUACUUUUGUUAAUUAUAGAUUUAUAAACCACAAAACUUCAAUAAACCCCCCCGGGCUUUUAUUUGGGACAAACCUUUAAAUCCUUUCAAACUCUCACUCAGCAGAGAUGUGAAACAGGCUGCGAUCAAACUGAGUAUUACUAUUAUUAAACUGAUUAUCUUAUUCUACCUCUCAAUGUAACAUAAUCUCUUAAUGUUCCUUUAGUAUAAUGUUAUAACUCACUUAAAUGGCCUCCAUCAAUAGAAGGAGACUCAUUGGCUGCGGCUCAUCAUCAUUACCUACAACAGUGUUUGGUUCUGUAUUCCUCAAUAUAUAAUUUGAGGCAUUGUGCACAAAACUCUUCUUUUCCACUCCUGCAGUCAGGAAAGAGUUUAGGUUUCUGUUUAAGGCUCCUUCAGAUGGAAGAACUUACCUUCAAACGUACGAAGCCCUUUGUGAAACACAUGUUUAACAAACGGUUUGUCUUCUUAUUUUGAGUUAAAGUGUUCAUGUUUCAGAUGCUGAUUCAUAUACAGUUCUCAGACUUUUAAUAUUCUUUAUUCUCUAGUAUGGAUUCACCUGUGAACUGUGUUUGCCUGGUAAGAUGUUGAUUGUUGUUUUGUGUUUGUCUUUCUUGUUGUUGUAAUGUCUUUAAAUCGUCUCUUGUUUCUUAUAUUUUAUGUUUGGACCCCGUCGGUUUAUCCAGUAGAAUAAAGGCUGACUUGUUUCUGUAAAAUGAAUCUAACUGAUGUGUAGCACAUAUCCCUGCUGACAACAGGGACACUUUUGUAUCCAGAGAAGUUCAAUAAAAAUCAGACCAGGCUUCUAAUUGAGACGUCCGUUUAUUUGUCCAAGACCUGCAGCCACACCAGGCCAGUAAACGAGACCGGCGUCUAACUGGGACUCUGCUUCUCACCCCGUCUCACGUUUCUUUCCUUCCUCGCAGACACGCGGUGAUGAUGUCAGAUUAUUCGCAGCCGGCCGAUUGGUCCUCUGCUGUCAAGCCAUCUCAAGCUGAAACAUCGUGGUUCAACGCGAAGGUUAGCCCCGCCCCUUCGUACACCUUCCUCCAAUCAUCAAACAUGUCCCAUGAGGCCAAGCGGCUGACUGCCACCAGUCAACAGUUCAUCACUUCCUCCCACUGGCUGGACGAAUCCAGCUGUCAAUCACUGAGCUCUGCUUAUAUCCCGCCUCCUGCUUCCUCGUCUUUGUACGGUAAUCCCGCUUUGACCACGCCCCCCACCUGCCUCCUCUCCUCAACACCUGAAUGGACCAGUCACUAUGGAAACCUUUACCCCUCCCCCUCUAGUGAUUGUGCGGUACCUGGCCGUCUGUCCUGGGGGCAGGGCAGUGAACCAGAGCAGCGCGAGUGUGUGCGCUGUGGGACGAGCAGCGCCCCCCUGUGGAGGAGAGACGCUGCAGGCGGUCACCUGUGCAACACCUGCAGCCUCCGCCAGAAACCAGACAGACCACUGCUGAGCCCGAAGAGGAGAGACGCUGCGACUCCGAGGAAAGGAACUCUGUGUGUGAACUGUUCUACUGCGACGACGACGCUGUGGAGGAGAACCUCUGCUGGAGAACCCGUCUGCAACGCCUGUGGGCUCUACUACAAACUACACCAGGUCAACCGGCCGCUGGCGAUGAAGAAAGACAGAAUCCAGACCAGAAACCGCAGAGUGACCAAUCAGAACAAGAGGAGCAGGAAAGCUGACCAAUCAGAGACUAAGCUGCCUGUGCUGGUCCCGCCCACCCAAGAGGCCGUGUGUCAGUCCUUCAGUCAGCUGCCCUGUGACCUCCACACCUCCUCCUCUCUGCUCACCAUGUAAACUGCUUUGUGUUUUCUAAUAAACGUGUGAACCUGCCA